GUGAGUGGGUUACAUGAUACAGUGUCUAUUAUAUAGUAUUGAAGAAGAAACUGAAUUGCUUAGCGGCAUGGCGUAGAACUAGAAAUGUUACCACAAAUAGUCUUCCUCUCGGCGUUUCUAGCUCGGAUUGAACCAGGGGCGGGGCAGAGGUUUACGCGGGAAACCCUGACCGGAAGUGACGUCAUCCUGCCCUGUGACGAUGGCGCAGGCAACCCAAAGACCCUCGCCUGGACGGUCAACAUCAACGGGAACGACCGGAUCCUACUACUGGUGUCCAGCGGGGUCCUGAACAACCGUCCCCCGCCUGUCUCCUACUCAGGACGCCUGAACCUAGACGGGACGAAGGACCUGCUUCUGAAGGACGCGACCAUUUCGGAUGAAGGGGAGUACAGGUGUAAGGUCUCUCCCUACCGACUGUAUGCUGAUACCUUAGUGACGCUGAAAGUAUACGCUCAACCUAAGGCACCAAAUAUAACCGUCUACCCAGAAGAUGUGGCCACGGGCGACGUUCCCGUUGGAACCAACGUGAAUCUGUCCUGUACGGCAGCCGGCGGCCGUCCUGCCGCCAACAUUGCCUGGACAAUCACACCAAACAGACUGGCUCACACAGAACCGUCACUGUCUACUACUGAAGGCCCCGAUGGACUCUGGGACGUGACGUCAUCGAUCAGUUUCGUCAUGACCGGAAAUAGAGUGACGUAUGGCAUCCGGUGUGACGUCACCGGACCAGGUCCCAUCACCAAUCAGAGCGCUACGUUAGUGCUUACAUCUGGACCAGACACAGCCCAACAACUGAGUACGGGUGCGGCCGCGGGUGUAGCUGUGGGGGUCAUAGCAGGGGUUAUCAUUGUCGUCAUACUGGUCCUGUUUUUUGUAAGAUACGUCACAGGCCCAACUUUCGGGGACACUAGAAGUUUCGAAGGUGGGUUUGUGAACUUCCGCAUGUCCUUCUCACGUCACAGCAGAGAGAAGAGCGAGCUUAGCAACAAGUCGGAUGUACAGCCAACUGCUCCCCCUACCGAUGCAUCUCCGAAUAGGAGGCAACAAAAUCACCAAGAAGCAAGAUGGCAGUCUCACCGAAAGCCCCGACCUCAACCUCAGGACCUACCCCCCGGAACAGAUCCGAGUAUGUUCACUAGUACACCACGCGAUCAGACCUACGAAAACUACAUCAAGUGGUCGCCAUCAUUUGUAUUGUACAGUAAAGAGUCAAGUGUACAAGUUUAACUGCUGAGCAUUAAAGUUCAUCUGUGUUAUAUACGUAUAUUAUACAUCAUAUAUACUUAUACUUCAUUAUGACAAAAAGGACUAAACGUUCUUGCCAACACUGAAUAAAUUGGGACUUAACAAAAUUUUCGGAGACGGGGGGCGACACAGGUUAUCUGACACGUACGACCCUCUGCUGCUAUCACGUAUU